UAUUGAGCCUGCGCUAAGAGAAAAAGAGGAGGUUCCCGAAUAGACUCCUUUAUUUAUUUCUUUGUUUCUAGUCGGGGGGAAAUGAUAACAGCGACAUAAACCGCAGGCAGUUCAUUUAUUAUCUUUGUCCGGAUACACUGGAAAACUGGAUAAGAUUACAGUGGGUGCUCGAAGGCCAAAGCCAAGGGGAGGAGGAUGAAGCGGCGCAAUGCGGACUGCAGCAAACUCCGACGGCCGUUAAAACGGAACCGAAUCACCGAGGGUAUAUACGGCAGUACCUUCCUUUAUCUGAAGUUUCUUGUGGUGUGGGCAUUGGUGCUAUUGGCAGACUUUGUACUUGAGUUCAGGUUUGAAUACCUCUGGCCGUUCUGGCUCUUCAUCCGGAGUGUGUACGACUCCUUUAGAUACCAGGGGCUGGCUUUUUCAGUAUUCUUUGUGUGUGUGGCGUUUACCUCGGACAUCAUUUGCCUCCUCUUCAUCCCAGUGCAAUGGUUAUUCUUUGCUGCCAGUACCUAUGUGUGGGUGCAGUAUGUUUGGCACACAGAGAGAGGGGUCUGUCUACCCACCGUAUCUCUGUGGAUACUCUUUGUAUACAUAGAGGCAGCCAUCAGAUUCAAAGACCUAAAGAACUUCCACGUGGACUUGUGUCGUCCUUUUGCAGCACACUGCAUCGGGUACCCCGUGGUCACGUUGGGCUUCGGCUUCAAGAGCUACGUGAGUUAUAAAAUGCGCCUCCGGAAGCAGAAGGAGGUGCAGAAGGAGAACGAGUUUUACAUGCAGCUUCUACAGCAGGCUCUGCCUCCAGAACAACAGAUGCUUCAGAGGCAAGAGCGAGAAGCAGAAGAAGCAGCAGCUAAAGGAAUAUCUGACGUGGACGCACCUCCAGUUUCACAGAAUGGCGGCCCAGCCAAUAAAAAGACAUCGGCGCCACUGCCGGAGCUAGAGUAUAGAGAAAAAGGGAAAGAGAGCCGAGGUGGCGGGGACAGUAAAAAGCAACACAACAGCAACAGCAUUCUGCCAUCAUCGGUGGACUCUAAACUCCAGGAGAUGGAGUACAUGGAGAACCAUAUGAACAACAAGAGACUGACCACAGAGCUGGGCAGCACAGAGAACCUGUUGCUCAAAGAGGACAACAAUUCCUCCUGCUCCUCCUCAUCUUCCUCAUCCUCCAAAAAUUACAAAAACGCAAGCAGCAACGCUGCCAUGCUCAACUCCUCACCCCGCGGCCACAGCACCACGAACGGCAGCGUGCCGUCCUCCACGUCCUCGUCCUCCUCUGCCACGGGGAAGAACGAGAAGAAGCACAAGCUCUCGGUGGGGAAGGGGACGUCCGGCGGCUCCCACAGGGAUCCCACGGACAACUGCAUCCCCAACAACCAGCUGAGCAAACCUGAAGCACUUGUUAGAUUGGAGCAGGAUGUUAAGAAGCUCAAGGCGGACCUGCAGGCCAGCAGGCAGGUGGAGCAGGACCUGCGCAGCCAGAUCGGCUCGCUGGGCAGCUCCGAGCGCUCCCUGCGCACCGAGCUGGGCCAGCUGCGCCAGGAGAACGAGCUGCUGCAGAACAAGCUCCAUAAUGCCGUGCAGGCGAAGCAAAAGGACAAACAGGCAGCGGGUCAGCUGGAGAAGAGGCUGAAAGCAGAACAGGAGGCCCGAGCGACUGCCGAGAAGCAGCUUGCAGACGAAAAGAAGCGAAAGAAGUUAGAGGAGGCGACAGCAGCCAGAGCAGUAGCAAUAGCAGCAGCUUCCAGAGGGGAGUGCACAGACACGCUGCGGCGGCGCAUCACUGAAUUAGAAACAGAAUGCAAGAAAUUAACAAUGGACAUCAAGCUCAAAGAGGAUCAGAUCCGAGAGCUUGAACUAAAAGUGCAGGAGCUUCAUAAAUAUAAGGAAAAUGAAAAAGACACAGAGGUCCUGAUGUCCGCGCUGUCAGCCAUGCAAGACAAGACCCAGCAUCUGGAGAACAGCCUGAGCGCAGAGACCAGGAUCAAACUGGACCUGUUCUCCGCUCUGGGCGACGCCAAGAGACAGCUGGAGAUCGCACAAGGUCAGAUUCUGCAGAAGGACCAGGAGAUCAAAGAUCUAAAGCAGAAGAUAGCAGAGGUGAUGGCGGUCAUGCCCAGCAUCUCCUACACAGCCGACACCAGCAGCAUGACCCCCGUGGCCCCCCACUACUCCUCGAAGUUCAUGGACACCAAUUCCUCCGGCCUGGACCCCAACGCCUCCGUUUACCAGCCACUCAAGAAGUGAAGGCAUCGACCCCGUUCUCCCCUCUCUCUCUCUCUCUCUGUCUCUCUCUGUCUCUCUCUCUCUCUCUCUGUCUUUCUCUCUCUCUCUCGCCUUUCAUUCAUCCUCCCAACAUUCUUUGGUUCAUGCAGGCCCACCACGAUGCAGCUGAACACCAUGGUUUCUUUCUUGGAUUUUAUUUUAAGUUUUUUUUUUUUUUCUCCUUGCCAGGUCAGAAGGAUGUUGUAUUGUGUGACUGUAUUUGUUGUAGUGAAAAGACAAAAAAAAAAAAAAAGAAAACAAAACAAAAAAAAACUUAAAGCGGACAUCUCAUGUCAACUAGGAAGCCCGCCCCUCCCGCCCGCCCCUCCCAGUUUUUUCUCUCUUCUCUUCAGUGUCUAGUGAAACCUCACAGAAUCGGGUAUGUACGUUCAUCUCAAGGGUGUUGAUCUCCCUUUUCCCCUUCACCACUGCGAACGCCUGCAACCAGUCACCCCCUCCUCAGCGCUGAGGAGGAGCUGCUGCAUUUCUUUCUCUUUAAGAUCGGCUAUUUUCCAACUGGAAUACCGGAUUCCCAAUUUGUUUUGACAGAUUGUCAAACUCCCAGAGUAGCAUGGCACCAUCAUGUUUGAUUUGUUUUUAAUCCACGCUGGAACAGCUGAUUGACCUGCUUUUAGUGCGUUCCCAACAACCGUCUGUGUUCACAAUUUCCACAAAAUGGAAGUGUGGAGUAGAAGUGGUGGGAGGCAGCUCAGAGCGUCAAUAUGAACAAGCGGAGGCAGUCAGAAACGUGAAGCGCCGACGACGACAGUUCACUUUCGCCCCGCGGCCCAAACCUGAUUGUUGUAGAAGCUCGUUGAUUCCGGCGGUGCUGCGAACGAAACUUCCCAGCUGCACUCUUUAAUCUCUCACUCAUGAUCUCAGUGCCUUGAGUUUAGGACAGAAUUUAAACAUGAGAUUCCACCUGAUCCCCCUGAAUUAGUUGAAGAGAUCGGAGGCACAUCCGCACCACUGACUGUAUUUGUUCUGGUGGAUUUUUUUUUUUUUUUCUGGUUUCUUCUGGACUUACUUUCAGAAAGCUGAUGGUGGUGUGCGCUCAAGGUCAGCCUUGACACGAUCUCCAAAUCCCCGAUGCAUUAGACAGCAACCACGCCCGAACUUUUAAUUUGUCCGUGCUGACGAAGCGGUCACUAAGUUCACAGCUCAUCUCUGCUGAAGCUGCCCAAAUCCUUCACACCGGCCCCUCCUCUUUUUAAAUUACUUCGUUUCCAGACUAAAGUUGCACUGUAGGGGAAAAAAACACAUGUUGUUUAAAAGGGAAAAAAAGAACUGCAAAAGAUGGAAUGUGCAAUGUAAAUGAAGGCUUUGUAAAAUGCCAACUUUAAUGUUGCAGUUUAAAAAAGAAAAAGGAAAAAAAAUUAAGGAUUCCUCCACCUCAGUUUGUGUGCCAAGACUGGAACGCCCGUUUCAUUCCGGGGACGUGAUCAACGAAUGUACCGCCAAUACAUUAGCCGACAUGUCCGUGGAGAGGCCAGCGAAGUGUCCCCUCGCGGGAGAGUCUGUUGAGCAGGUCGCCUGUCUGUAGUAGACUGUAGUUUCUAAGUAAUGGAGUAGAAAGUCAAAUCUCUUUUCGUGAAUGUUUCAGUAUUUGCACAGUCGGGCAAAAUGGCUGUUUUUCUCUCGCUUUUCUUUUUUUUUUUAAAUCGGUUCUCCUUCCUCCUCCUUCUUGCUCUUAAUGUUAUUUUUUUUCUGCAAGGAGAAACUUUGCUUGAGUCUGAUGUGGAUUCAUCAUCAUCUGUUGUGCGUGCGUGGUUUUCCCCCCCACUAAACAGAGAAGCUUUUUUUUGUUUUGUUUUUUUUGUUUUUCUCGCUCAGAUUGCUGUCAUUGGCUUCUUGACAAUGUUGUAAAAAAUUUACAGUUUAAUCAGUUGGUCAGUCAGCCGAUUGUUGGAAGUGUAGAGAAGUGUUUGGUUUUGUUUUCUAUGCCCACAGUCACUGUUCUGUUCCCCCACCCCCCAGUCUGACCUUGGCUGCGUUCUCGCUCUGUGAGGUUUACAAGGAAUAAACUUUUUUUUUCUUGCA